AUGCCCCUUCUUGGCUUCGGCGUGUAUCAGAAUUACACAGCCAAGGCGUCUGUCCUAGAAGCAUUCAAAGCGGGUUAUAGGCAUGUAGACUCCGCACAAGUCUACCGGAAUGAGGCAGCGGUGGGAGAAGCUGUCAAAGAGAGUGGCAUCGAUAGGCAUGAACUGUUCAUUACCUCCAAAUGUGUCAGCCAAAAUCACGGUUACGAGACCACACUGAAAGGAGUCGAUCAGUCCCUCGUCAAAUUCGGCUUUGAUUACAUUGAUUUAUUUUUGAUCCAUGACCCCAUGUCUGGAACUGAGAAACGAUUGGCUACCUACAAGGCACUUCUAGAAUGUCAGAAAGCCGGAAAGAUACGUUCCGUGGGUGUCUCCAACUAUGGGGUCAAACAUCUCGAAGAAAUCAAGAAUGCUGGACUUGAAUUGCCAACGGUAAAUCAAAUAGAGUUGCAUCCUCUUUGUCAACAAAAGCCCAUAGUUAAUUACUGCCGUGAAAAUUCAAUCAUCGUGCAAGCGUAUUGCCCGAUUAUUCGUGGUAAAAUGGACCACCCCGCUAUUCAGGCUGUGUCUAGGAAGCAUGGCAGAGACCCCGCUCAAGUCCUUCUCCGUUGGUCCCUCCAGAAUGAGUUCGUGCCGCUGCCGAAAUCGGCCACGCCAUCUCGGAUUGAAUCCAAUGCCCAGCUGUACGACUUUGCACUCGAUGCAGAAGAUAUGGCCAAGCUUGAUGCCUUAGAUGAAGGAGACACAGGUGCUAUCAGCUGGAACCCCGUGAACCAUCUUUAG